AUGGCGAAGGAAAGCAAGAUUAUUAGCAUUAUCGGAGCCACUGGGGCUCAAGGUGGCUCUGUUGCUCGGUCCCUGGGGCAAAACUCGGAUUUCGAGGUUCGAUGUAUUACUCGGGAUGCAAGUUCGGUGGGAGCCAAGGGACUCAUCAGUGAGGGGUUCAAUAUUAUUGAAGUUAGUGGUGCAAAGGAUGAGGAAAUGAAACAGGCAUUGGCAGGAAGCUGGGGUAUAUUCAUCAACGUGAAUACUCACGGGAAAGACUUUGAUAUUGCCGUUGCACUACAGACAAGAAUCCUUUCCAGUGCCGCAGCUGCUGGAGUGAAACAUGUUGUCUUCAGCUCAGCACCUGACGCGCGAAAACUGACUGCAGGCCAAGCGCCAGUCCCUACUUUGGAUGUAAAGGCUCAGGCAGCGGAAUGGGGCAAUGCCUGCCCCGUUUUUGAGACCUUCACGCCAGUUAUGCUUUCAUGGUAUCUCGAAAACUUCGAAGAUUCUUUCCUUGCUGAGCUUUUGGGGGGCUUCCCCAUCCACCAAGACCAGGACGGUUACCUCAGCUGUCGGGUCCCGCUAUGGGGAGGCAGGGAACAGGUCCCAUUUAUCAGCGUCAAAGAUGAUUUGGGAGACCUGGUCCACGGCAUAUUCCUAAACCCCGUACGGUGGAAUCGCGCUGUGAUCCAGUGUCAUGGAGAGCUGAUGUCGUGGGCAGAUAUGGUACAGGCUUAUGUAUCGGUUACGGGUAAAAAGGCUCGAUUCCUGCCCUACAUUCCCGCGGAAGAGAUGCCAACCUUUGAGGGUGGUGGAAUUCAAGAUCUAUUCGUCUAUUCCCAGCUACGAGGGGGGGAUUACUAUGGCAACGGACCAAGUGAGACUCAAACUGCUAGUCAGCUUAAGCGAGAUGCAUGGAAGGCGAAGGGAAGAAAUGGACGAGAGACUAUGAUGACUGUCAAGGAGUACUUUAAGCGCCUCAAUGCAUCCUAA